AAUAUAUCAUGGAAAAAAUCUUAAAAUACGAAAAAUUGUCGACUAUAUGAUAACUGAGUAACACAACCAUUGAAUAUAUAUUUCUUGGAUUCAAAAUAAAAAGCCGGACUAUCAAUUUUCAAUAGCCUUUGAUAUAUCUUUUCCCUUUUCUCGAUCAAGAACUUUCAACUUUUGGCAAAUCACACCGUUACUAUCUACGCGCAUAAUCGACAUCCCAAGAUGGCGCUCAACGAUGCCGUGGCCAUAAGCGGGUUUUUUGUAAAUGGCCUAUUUCGUCAUCCUCUGGACUUUUAUUCAAGCGUCGGUCCUACCUUGAGUGAGUUGACCUUUGGACUCUGUGGGGAGUCCUUUGUGCCGGAGCGGGACAUUGGUGAUCUUACUGGGAAGGUUGUCUUCGUGACAGGAGGGAAUACGGGUCUAGGAAAGGAGACAGUUUUCCAGCUGGCACAUCACCAGCCAUCCCGCAUAUACCUGGCGGCACGCAAUGAGGACAAGGCCCGUGAAGCCAUGACCUCUAUCCAGGAUAAUUUCGCCUCCCCGGUCGAUAUUAGAUACAUUCCGUUGGAUCUGACCUCAUUCAAGUCCAUCCAGGCCGCCGCGAAACAGUUCACGGAGGACUGUGACCGUCUGGACAUACUCAUCCUCAAUGCCGGCGUGAUGGGUAGCCCGGCGAUUACCACAGAGGAUGGGUUCGAGAUCCAGAUGGGUACGAACCACAUCGGCCACUUCCUCCUCACCAAGCUGCUUCUUCCAACAUUACAAGAGACUGUCGCUAGCGCUAUCCCCGCACCAGACGUGAGGGUCGUAACAGUAGCGUCUCUGGCGUAUACCCUUUGCACUCCGUCCAAAGUCAUGAUGCCCACCUCCGCUCUCUUGGAAGCGAGCACAUGGACGCGCUACGGGGCAUCCAAAGCGGCUAAUAUCAUCUUUGCAGCGGAACUCGCGCGUCGGUACCCGGAUAUCCUAUCUGUUUCAGUGCAUCCUGGCAUGGUGGCCAGCGAGUUAUACGAGAGAGCCAGAGCUGUGAAUCCGGUUCUGGGGACUGCGCUCGUUGCUGCUGGAUCGAUAUUCUUCCGCAGCGUGCGUUCGGGGGCGCUGAAUCAGCUCUGGGCCGCUGGCGCAAAACGGAAUCUUUUGACCAACGGCGCUUAUUAUGCACCUGUCGGGAUACAAGGCACGCGCAACGAGUAUGCCACAAAUGAAGAGAUGGGGAAAAGGCUUUGGGAGUGGACAGAAGAGCAGAUUGGCGAGAUCCUGGCAGCCGCAGAGACGAAGUAGAGGUUGUCUUCCUGGACAAUUUAUGAAUGAUGAUAGUUAGCUAGAAUGAAUCGAUUAGUUAGGGUUUAACCGAGCGCCGUGAUGCCGCCAUCGGCAGCGAGCCGAACCCACAAUGCAGCAGAAGCGCCCGCGAAGAGAGCUCUGCACGUCGAAAUUCCCGUCCACAGCGUGAAGCUGGUAGACAGCACGUAGCAAACUAGAGCGUAGACAAGGAUAGAAUAAGCGCCGAA